CAGAGUCUCAGAGAAAGUAGCGAGCUUGGUUACUGCGAUGGCUUUCUUAAGUAAGUUUGGGAAUGUACUUCGGCAGUCUGCAAGCAAGCAGAUCAACUCUGACUUGUCUCCCUUCAAACUGUGGACCCAUCAGGCUGUAAGAUGCAUGUCGUCCAUGGGAAGCUCAAAGGUCUUUAUAGGAGGUGUAUCGUAUCAGACAGAUGAUGCCGGUCUGAGGGAGGCUUUUGGAAGAUAUGGUGAUGUUGUUGAUGCACGAAUCAUCACAGACCGCGAGACUGGCAGAUCGAGAGGAUUUGGAUUUGUUACUUACACUACACCUGAGGAAGCAUCAAGUGCCAUUCAGGGUUUGGAUGGGAAGGAUCUUCAUGGCCGUAUAAUAAGGGUGAAUUAUGCAACUGACAGGCCUCGUGGCAAUUUCAGUUAUGGUGGUGGUGAUGGUAGUUACAGUGGUGGUGGCGGCGGUGGCUACGGGGGUGGCAGUUAUGGCGGUAGUUACAGUGGUGGCUACGGUGGUGGCAGGGGCGGAGGCGGCAGUUACAGUGGUGGUGGUGGAGGCGGAGGCGGGCACAACAGCUUUGGCAAUGACAGCUAUAGUAGGGCCGGUAACUAUGGAAGUUUAAACUCAUUAGAGAUUGCUAGUGGUGGAGGAUUUGGCAACAACACAGAUUUUGGUCCUCCCAGCGGUGUUGGUACUGGUGGUGCCGAUAACUUUGGUGUUGGCGGUGGCAGUGACAAUAGCUUUCCUGACGGGGACGAUCAGUUUGGCUAUCAGAAUAGGGCCUGA